UUUCAGUUUUGCUGUCGAAGCGAGUGGAGUGUGUAUAGUUCGUGUCGCAAUAACUGAGCUGUGUGCCUUCGUUCUCAUACCGUAUAGUGCUUACAACGCCGAGAAGUGAUAUUUUGUGCCUUGCUGGUUGCAGUGGAAAUUGGAAAAUAUUUCAAGUUGUAAAAAGCAAAGUAGCAGUCCGUAGUUCCCAGUGCGCCGAUGUUGUCGGAGAUCGUGGCUCACCAGUGCUUCGGUGUGUUUAGUUUAGUGGAACAAGGGAACCGUGAGAGGUGAAACCCGUGAAGUGGAUAGAUUCUUUUGCCUUUUCUGGACCAAACCGGCAAAACGGACAGCAUCCCAGCAUAGGCUUGCCGUCUCUCAUUUUUUUUCUCUUGCUUGCCGAAGCCCGCUGGUCCACAACUCUGGGUCAAGAAGUUGCAAAGCUUGAAGUUGGGCUCAAGCACCGGCAAACGGAGAUUGCUGUUUUCGGGUGGCAUCCCGAAUCCGAAGUAGGCGCAGAGGAAACGAAAACGUAGAAGACUCAAGGCGAAAUAAACGGCUUCGCCAGUGAAGACGAUACUCGAUGCGCAAUAAUAAAAAAAGGCUGAAGAUUUUUUCUGUUCCAAUUUUGGGAUAUUCGGUGGAGGAAGAGAUCGAAACAAACGAAAAAAAAGAGUGCUAACCUGAACUAGAUGUGCAAGAAGUGGUUGUUGGUGGAAGUUGUUUUUUCGUGGAAAACACGUGGAAUCUCAGAAGGGAUUUAAACGGGUGUGUGAGAGAGAGCGAGAGGGGAAAGGUAGUGCGGUCAGGGCAUGUUUUAUGGUAUGCACGAUAGAACCAAUUACGAGUGAAAAGGAAGGCCUGUGCGAGGAGUGGACGGAGAAAAUUAUCAAAACAACUGUUCGUUGUUACAGGAUUUGCUGUUUGGUGCAGUGACACUACUAAUGAGUGUUUGGGAUAAUUUUACCGUCAAGUGAAAAUUUUUGCAGUGACAGUUAUUUUUGAAGCAAAUUGAGGUGGCGCUGACGUGUUUUGAAUCGCUCAAAGUGUACGUUAUCUUUGAAAAAUAAUCUUCUGUCAAAGUCGAAACCAGGUUUCCGAGUUCAAAUUUUAGGACUUCAACGACUUUUUUUGCACGCCGGCGUGACGACGCUCCACAUCAGUGAAGUUUUUUUGUGAACCAGUCCGGUACUUGGAACUGGAACUCGGUUUGCUACGGACGUGCAAGGUGCCCGUCAGUGCUUUCGGUGUGCUGGUUUCAACCGAAGGAACCCUAUAAAAGUUGUGCGAUCCGGUCUAUUGUGAUGAAUUAAAUACCCGCGGGGUCUCUUAAGUGUCGGAAGGAAGAUAAUGAGCCAUAAUGGUACAAAGUGAUAAAAAAUUACUUUACCAAGAGUGAGUAACUUAUUAGGAGCAGAAAAUGCCUCGCAGUGUAUCCUCUGCGGUGAGUGAGUGAGUGAGCUAAAGAUAAAGUGGAAACGAAAGAUGAUAGAAUAGCUUUUCGGGAUAGGCGAAGGUUGAAGAUGAUAAGAAAGCUAUUUGUGGGCCUUUGCACGGUGGAAUAUAAGGAAUGUGAUGGUCGAGAAGAAAAAGCCAUGGUUCACUAGAAGCGGUAGGAAAAAGAUGUGGUAUUUCAUUUUAUCCAUUUAAGUGCCUUUGGACGACCACACUAGAGCGCAAGUGCAUGUGUAGUUUUUGUUCAAGUGUCUACGACUCACGACAGUAGUGAAAUAUAUAUCAAAAGAAAAGAAAGGAAUGCCUUUCUAGUGAAGUUAAGUAAUUACCGUGCCUUUGAAAACAAAAAGCUGAGCGACGGGAACGUCGUCCAACACAUUCCGCACCGAUCCCAUACAGCAUUCUCGUAGUCAUGUCAACAAAUAGUAAUAACCUUAAACUAUCUGGAAACAUAAUCGGUCUGACAAGCAACAAACAGCCCCAACUACAGAAAACCAAAUUGAAACAACCACCGCCAGCAGCGGUCCCAUCGAACGCCCAGCCAAGCACGGCAGUUACAGGUCCACCGACAGUGAACGGUGGGACGAAAUCAGUUCAAACGCAACUAGCACAGCAGAAACAAGUGUCCCAGCAGUCGCAGCAAUCGGGUUCACAGAUUCCGCCUCGAUAUCAGCCACCUCCACAACCUCCAGGAGGUAUCCUUAAACACAUUAACCACAACGGAGGUGCGCCGCCAUUGGCCAGGUCAUCGACCGUUCCUAUCAUAGCAUAUCCGACCGACCUAAACGGAAUCACACACCAUCAUCUUAAAUUUCCCCCAGAAAUCCCUAAAUCAAGUGGUCUAUUCAUUCCGGAAAACCUUAAACACCAAUUGAACCCGUCCCGGCUCGCAGUACCACGAUCCCAUAUUCGAUUUUCGAACCAACAUCAGCAGCUAGCCCCGAGUACACAUAAACCAAAUCAUCUCCAGCAACCAUCACACCAUUUACCGCCUCCACACAAUCGGCUCAGUUCCGAAUCUUCCUCCGAAGAUCAGACAACCACUAGCUCAACGCGAUCCCUCCAGCAUCACUUGAAUCCCAAACAACAACAGCCAUCCCCUCAACCCAAUCAACAAACGUCCCAAACGCAGGGUCACAUUCAGCAAACUACUGCGAUUAUACACCAUCAUCAACCUCCCAGUCAGCAGGCACCACCAAUUCCACCUCCCGCUGCGACCAACGCCCAACAUCAGCAACACCCAAAUCAACAUCACAAGCAGCAGCAACAACACCAACAGCAACAACUACAGCAACAACAACAUCAGCAGCAGCAGCAGGAGAUGCUUAAAUUCGUCCGGAAGGCGGAGUCGGAGACUUCGUCGACACCAACCUCGUCCAGCGGUGGUCGGAUAUCGUCGAUCGAGCAGAGUCGACACUUUCAGAAUCUUCUCGCCGAGCUAAGAGCGCUAAAGGAGGCUAACCAACGGCUUAGUGACGACAAUCAGGAACUUCGAGAUCUGUGCUGUUUCCUGGACGAUGACCGACAAAAGGGACGAAAGUUGGCCCGCGAAUGGCAGAGGUUUGGUCGUUACACGGCGAGCGUAAUGCGACAAGAGGUUUCCGCUUAUCAGACCAAACUGCGGCAGCUAGAUGACAAACAGCAGGAGCUGAUUCGUGACAAUCUGGAACUGAAGGAGCUAUGUUUGUACCUGGACGAAGAACGAUCCAAUACCAAUCGGCCACCGGUGGGAUGUACCAACUGCGGUGCGACACCCGGUGCAACGAAUGCUGUUCCUCUCCGGGAUGACGGAGAUGGAAGUAGCUCGAGUACGAAUGCCGAUGAAAUCCUGCAUCAGCUGGGUGGGCAGUUCGGGCGGAACGGGUUGACGGAGAUCAACCUUCGUACAACGCUUAGUGACCAAACCCUGCAAUAUGUCCGUUCACUCGAAAGUCGAAUACGACAACUGGAGGAAGAACGAUGCGCUAUCCUGAAAAAUAUACCCCUCAAUCCGACAAACGGAUCGGGUCCACCGGGUAUCAACAACAACAAUCACAGCAAUAACAAUCAUAACAACAACAACAACAACAUCAACAACAAUAACCACAACAACACCAACCAGCCCUCGUCGAUCGCUGAUCCAAUUUCCGGCCGACCGGAAGCAGUCGUACGGGCCCUUCAGGUGCUGGAGGUUCGCGAACAGCUCGAACGGGAACGAAUCGGACCGAACACGCCGCCCGAUCCUCUGGACGACGGUGAGAAGGCACUGGUACGAGAGAUGUGCAAUGUAGUGUGGCGGAAGCUUGAGGAUGCCCCGAACACGGGCAUCGACCAGCAUGUCUGAUCAAGGUGAAUCCGGGUUGGUGGCGAAAACAUCAAAACAACAAGGCCACACGAGGCUUGUUUGACGUGCCUGGACAGCGAGGAAACCGCAGAUCAUCCUCACUGUGUAUCUCCCCACUUUGAUGAUGUACAAAUUAAUUAUAGUGAUUCUACAGAAAAUAAGCAGAGCAGACGCGCGUGCACACUACUUCUUUGUAGAAUAGACGAGCGGAAAAUCAUCUUUUUAAGGCGCUGCCGAAAAGGAGCCUUUUUUGUUGCGUGGAAUUGUAUAGACGAGAGCAGAGCAAAGCGCAGCCUAGAAAUAAAUCCUCCCGAAGAAAAGAAGCGCAUGAAACGAAAAAUGAGGUUUCUGAAACCUCGCAAGGGCAGCAUAUUACAGUUUAUCCUACUGAAUUAUAGUUAACAGCAAAGUAUUUAUCACCGUUUAUCGUUAUAUUUAUACUACUGGAACGCAAGGGAGAUUUGUAAUUAGAGCAACGUGGGGUGAAAAGCAGCGGAGUUGAAUUAAAUUCUUCUAACGAUUAUACCGGUUUAAUCGCCAGCGUUCCGACAGAUCUGGUUUGUAGAUAUGAAGAUUUUAGCUAUGUAUAAAGUUUCAUUUGGAGCAAAAAUUAGGUUUCUAGAGGAUGAGGAAUAUUUUACGUUUAACGAACAGGAGGAAUUAUUUUUCAGCGCUAUGUAUUUGUGUAUCCUAGGAUUUCUUGU